AUGGUUCACGGCGAAGAUGAACGCUUUGGAAUCGUCCUGGAUGCUGGCUCAUCCGGAACACGAAUCUACAUAUAUCGAUGGCUCGGAAACUCGGUCGCGCGUCUCGAAGCCUCGUCCCCCGCUACCCUCCCAGAGCUAGAAACAAAGGACAAAUGGACGAAGAAAGUCCACCCAGGAGUAUCGACCUUUGGGGGAACACCCGAGCUUGUUGGCCCAGAUCACUUACAACCGCUCCUCGAACACGCUCUCAAGUAUAUCCCCCAAGAUGCCGUCCCUGAGACUCCUAUCUUCCUCCUCGCGACAGCGGGCAUGCGCCUCCUGCCCGACCACCAACAAAAAGCCCUUCUGCGGAACAUAUGCUCCUACAUUAGAUCCGAGACGGAAUUCUCAUUACCCGAUUGUGAUGGCCAUAUCCAGGUGAUAACAGGAGAGACGGAAGGACUGUACGGGUGGAUCGCAGCAAACUACUUGCUUGGGGGAUUCGACUCGCCUGAAGACCAUCAACAUGGAAAAGGACACCACACGUAUGGAUUUUUGGACAUGGGUGGCGCCUCUGCUCAGAUUGCCUUUGCGCCCAAUGCGACCGAGGCCGAGAAGCACGCCAACGAUCUUACACUGCUGAGACUAAGGACAAUCAAUGGCCUGCCACAAGAGUACAAAGUGUUUGUAACGACAUGGCUGGGUUUCGGCGCAAACGAAGCCCGGCGCCGCUAUGUUCAAGAUCUUGAGGAAUCCUACGCCAUUGAUGGCGUCCUCGAGGUUCCCGACCCGUGUCUCCCAACUGGUCUGCGACUAAACUUCGACGGCACCAUCAUCUCCGACGAGGGUCCGUCUUCAUCGAACCAUUAUCUUCGUGGUGUGGGCAAAUUUGAUGAAUGCCUAAGGCGCACGUUCCCCCUUCUGGAGAAAGACAUCCCCUGUCCGGAUGAACCUUGUUUAAUCCAUGGCGUCCAUGUCCCUGCGAUAGAUUUCGAGGUGAACCAUUUCAUCGGGAUCAGCGAGUACUGGCACACCACACACGAGAUCUUCGAGAUGGCGCACAAGGACAAGGCAUAUGAUUUCAACACGUACCAGCAGAGGGUAAAGGAAUUCUGUGAGCAGGACUGGUCAGAUAUCCAACAGAGCGUGGCGGAUCAUGUCUAUGGCAAAAAGGUUGACGACAAGACCGCACUGGAAGUCUGUUUCAAGGCGAGCUGGCUCAUCAACAUGCUUCAUGACGGGAUCGGAAUUCCGAGGGUGGGCCUAGAGGAUACAAAUGUGUCGGACCAUAAUGGCACGAAGGAAGUCUUACAGAGCGGGAAAGACAAGGGAUUCCUCGAUCCUUUCCAAGCCGUGAAUGAGAUUAAAUCCACCGAAGUGAGCUGGACCAUGGGGAAGAUGCUCCUUUACGCCUCAGCGGAGAUCCCACCCGCUUCCAAAGACGUUUUGCCCGUCGGAUUUGGGAGCAAUGUCCCUGGCGUUCCGGACGAUUUCCAAUACCCCAGUGGCGGACGCCUCCAAUCUAUACCGGACCCGGGCCCGGGCUCAUCAGACACAAGCGGCGGAGUCCAAAGCAUCACCGACACCAUCCACGACACACUGUUCAAGUCAGACGCGCCGCAUCGCCUCCCAGGCUUCAUCUUUUUCCUCCUCAUCCUCAUCAUCGCGACAUUCUACCUCUGCGGUCGAGACCGGCGGUCGCGAGUCUACCGCUCCAUAUACCCCUCCUAUUCACCCUCGAUCCCUUCGUCGGCCCCAACAUCCCACGCCUUCUCACCGUCACCGUCCACCACACCGAAACUGCGCAACCCACUUACAUUCCUCAAUCGGCUGAUCAACGGCCGCAAAGGCCCGCUUCACCACCAUUCGCACGACCUGGAAGACCAACGCCUCUACAACCCCGCCGACUUCGAGUUGAACGACUUUUCCGACGACGAGGGCGGCCUCCUCGACGCAGACAAAGCCUUUGGACACUCUCGCACGGCGUCACGCCCGACGUCCUCGCAUGGCCGGUCCUCCUCCUCGCCGCGAGAUAAACGGAGUCCCAACGGUACCGGAGGCGGCGGCGGCGGCAGUCCCGGCAAAUUGAGGCCCGCGGCCAUUGAUCGUGCGGGCCUAGUCGUCCGCACGGAGAGUCGCGAGAGUCUGGCCCCGUUGGCCGGUGCGAACGGGCGGAGUAAGAGUAAAAGCCGGGGUGCGAGUCCUACUCGUGCGCGAUGA